UGGUAGCGACCACCGUGUCGGACUGUUGUGUCAACAGACAAACAAGACAAGACAGCUCUAUCGAUGAAGUCACCACCUCGAGUUCGUUUGUCAUUCGAGGAGACUUUGAUGGAGCUGAAUUCGCCAAAGUCUUAUCUCGACAAACCUGUAGUGCCCGAAGAUGAAGAGAAUGAAAACUCUGACAGUUCUUCUUCGUCUUCAUCUUCUUCAUCUUCGGGCAACUCUACAGGAGAUGAGACUGAUGACGAAAGCACAGGACCGUCAUCAAAAAGAUUGACAAGACAACCACGAGCCUUGCCCAUAAGAUCAGCAGUUGUGUUGUUGGCUUCUGAGGAGGGCUGCAGUCCAAAAGAUUGCAGCAUGAAAUUCAUGAAGCCAACAAAAGAAACAACAACAAAGCUGAAUCGAAACCUGAGGGAGUUCAAAAAGGAUGUGAUGCCGCUUACAUUUCCCAAUGUAGGCUGUAAUGCAAAAUCCGGAUUGAGGUGCCGAAGGUUUCAAUUCAGCAGCGAGGCCGUGGUGGACGAGGACUUGACGACAAACAAUGACAAAGACAUCAUCUACCCGGCCAGCUUCGAUCUAGUAUCACUUAAAAAAUUAUCUAGUGAGCUAGAUCAGUCAUGUAAAUGGGUGCUGGCGCCAUCUAAAACGGGCCACGCAUUAAAAACACUUUCGGAAGACUUGACCACCAUUAAUCGCGAUACCCACUCGUUCACAAACUACUAUGUCAAAAAUUCAAUGGAUAGUGAUUUGACUUGCUAUCCAUUGGUUUAUGGCGCAGUAGCCAAAAAAUAUUCGGACGUGGCCAAACACUUCAUGAAUAUCAUGCAGGAACAGUAUGAAGUGCGCGUAAAGUCGGGCAAAACGUGUUCCGGAACACCUCUCCAACACGAAAAAUAUAACUGUGCACACUUUGCUGAUGGUGAGUUGGAAAUCUUAGUACACAGCUACUGGCAGCUAGAGACUACAGAUUUGCUACAAUGGAGGAGCGAUGUGCCCCGUCAAAAACUUAAGGCGCAAUUUACAGCCAUGUGGUUAGAAUUGCGUCUAGUGUUGGAGUCUGAGACACGAAAAAUCCAACAACAGUCACCAGAAGCACCACUACCAAAAUCUCUGGUAGAUUUGAAAAAGGCUGUGGAUUCAAUUAGGAAAUUUGCAAAAUUCGAUUCAAAAUUGGUUACAGCGGCAAGUCUUCUAAUCGUAAAAGUAUAUUUCAGUACAAUUCUCUGUGUGUCCAACCCCGAGGCUAGGAAACGGUGGUGCAUGUUCAUGAAGAACUGCAAGUUACACCACUAUUUGUGUGAACACACACAAUAUGCAAUUAUGCAAAUGUACAAGGCGGCAGCACCCAUUUUGAAGUCAAAAUUCGAUCAAAUGAAAGCUAUUGAAAAUGAGACUCGGUUUGUUGUACCUAUUUUAUCGAUAGCCAACAUUUUUGAAAUAUUCUCGAAUGUGCUAUCGCCGAAGCACAAGAAAGGCGUACGCGAGUUGCAAGCAGUAUGCAACAAUUUAUUGUAUACAGUAGCGCGUAGCAUUGGGUUCCAUAUGCUUUAUCAUGGCAUAGUGGAUGGAACAAACGUCAUUAUCACUGAGCGACACCUAAGUGGCUUUAUAGGCAAUCGUAUGCCUUACAAGAAGAGUCCUCCUCCUUUGAUGCCACAUCUGACAGCGACGAAAGUCAACAUCAUUGAGAAUAUAAUUGACACGACCAUCAAGACUAAUGAGUUGAUUGUAGAUCGAACAAAAAAAGUGAAAUGUGAUAAAGACGCCAAAGUUUUGCUGGGUAGCUACAUGCGAUAUGUGCUAUUUGCAGCUACUGUUGGCCCUUUGUCACAUUUCGCUUCGAGUGGUCUUGAUGAUGGGAGCAAUAGUAGUAAAUCUUGGGCCAAAAUUCUAACUUCGGCUGUCGAUUCGUACUUGGAAACAUAUUUUUGUGACAUAAGACGAAUCGACGAGAUCCCGAUUGUGGCUGACAUUCUAUAGCAGGCAGAUUUCAUUUUAUGCAUUCUGUUGUGUUGAACUCAGUUCCAAAAAUCCAACUUUUUUCACAUGGACGGAAAAUCAAGCUAGCAGAGGCGCAACUGAAAUAGGAUCUGCUAUCAUCCAAUACUUGCGAUCACUCUCAUUUGAUAACGUGGACAAAAUUUCUAUGUUCUGUGAUGGUUGUGCUGGACAAAAUCGUAAUGCCCACAUUGUCCACACACUAUGCCAUUGGCUGAAAACCGAAUCAAGUGACAACAUUAAAAGUAUUCAGUUGACUUUUCCAGUUUGAGGUCACUCUUUUUUGCCUGCAGAUAGGGCAUUUGGAAGAGUAGAAAAGUUACUGAAAAAACAAACUGAGAUCAAAAUUCCAUCGGAAUAUAAUAAAAUCUACAAAGAAGUAGGAUCUGUAAGGGAGCUAGGAAAGGACUGGGAAAUUCUGAACAUAAAAGACCUCGAAAAAGUUUACUCAAAAAUAAAAGGAAUAAGUGAAUCAAAGCGGAUAUACAUUUUGAAACAUAAAAGUAAACGGACUGGUGAAAUAACAACAAAGAUUCAGCUAUUCCAGAAUUAUAAAUUUUCUUCUGCAACUGAACUCCAGAACUUCAAAUCCAUUGUUAAAAAAAAGAUGAUUGAGGGAAGUAUACCUUUGCAAGUGAAUCGUCCACAGCACAUCAUCUCAGCAGAAAAGAAGAGAGAUGUCCUCAAUUUGCUGGCAUGUCAUUUUGGAGCUGAUUGGGAGACAAUCCCUGAAUUAAAGUGGUAUAAAGACAUUCUUUCCAACAAUGAUGAGCAGACCAACGAGGAUGAAGAAGAAGAUGUCUGUGACUGCUUGGAAGAUGACUGUGGUCUCCAUAUUUAAAACAGUAUUCAGCCAUCUGGAGGAGAGUGGUGGCUAUCGGGUUGAGGGCGGCGUGCCUGGCUAAUCAGGCAAACAUGGGUGUGGUAAGAAUGAUGCUGUUCAUUUAACCGC